GCCCUGGAUUAAGCUUCCGAGAAGACGGCGCAACGAUUGCGGUGGCAGGAAGUUGCAACAGCGCGCUUAAAUAAGCACGACCUAGACCCGGCCAGCAUCAGUAACGAAACGACCCCGAGCCCACAGUCAAGUCUUUGGGAUCUGGACUUCAACAACGACCGCGUGCAGAAUGGAUUUUGUGUUCAGGGUGUUCUUUUUGCAGUUCGUUCUAUUCGGUUUGCUGGUGUCAGGUGUACGACCGCAAACCGGAGGAACCGACUGCCACGGCAAGGACUACCUGUGUCUGGACGAUGUCCGAUUUCAACUUUGUGUAGACUAUGGUGACGGGAAACCGACGACCGUUAACCAUGAGGUGCAGCUCUGCCCGGCCGGGACGUUCUGCAGCAACAGUGGACAGUUUGAGUGCGACUCGUUCGUAGCACUGUCGACCACUGCUGAGCCGCACGUUAAUGUGGAAGUGGAAGCUACGGCACAGCCAGAGUAUGAAGAGCUCGUUACAAAUGAACCAGUGGUAGUAGAAGAGGAGACAGAAGCACCAGAAGAGGCAUCUGCACCAGCGAGCGAGCCAGCAGCAAACGAACCAGUGGAGGAACAAAACACAACGGUUGCACCCGAAUCGUCAACGGCAGCCGUAGAAGCGGAGACUAACGAGGCUCCGCAAGAAGAAGCGGCAGCACCAUCGGAAGACACCGAAUUACCGGAACAGUCGGAAACAACCGUACCGACGGAAGAAUCUGCACCGUCAACAUCGGUCCCAGAAGCAGAGACAACGGCGCAAUCAACCAAUGCGGAAGAGGAACAGUCCCCCGCCGAAACGGAAUUGCCGGAAGAAAACAAUUCGCCGGCAGUAGAAGAAUCAACCACCUUAGCGCCACCAUCGGAAGGCGUAUCCGGACAGGAAUCAGUUGCAACGGAAGCAGCCGAGGUAGAAGCCAGCGAAAACACGGAGUCGGCUGUAGCGACGGAACAGACGGAAGCUUCGGAACCGGACUCGACUACUCAGCAGCAAGUGGAGGAACAAUCGUCCACGGACGCUUCCGAAGCUGUCACGACGGAAGAAAGUGUACAGUCCGAACAAUCGACGGAGGGCGUAGCUGCUGAGACCGAAGUCUCGGAGGACGCUUCUACAGCCGCAGUUCCAGAAACACCAGAGCAGGUAGAAACAGAGAGACCGGAAGUUCCGGAAGAAACCGAAGCACCAGUUCUCCCAGAGGUAGAAGAGGAAACGGGUUCCGAAACGGUACCAUCAGAGCCUGAGGUGGAAGCCGAAGUUGAGGAAGUUACCUCGGAAGCAUCCGUGGAACCUGAAGCUUCGGAAACGACACCAGCAUCGCCUGUGGAGACUGAGGCUCCGGAAGCUAGCUCCGAACCGUCGGUAGAGCCCGAAGCGUCUGAGCCCACUUCUCAACCGGCUGAGGAAACGGAGACUCCUGAAUCCCCCGUCGUACCAUCGGAGGAACCAGAGGCUACUGAACCCACCGGCACCGAGGCACCAGAGACUCCUGAAGCCUCCAGCGCACCCGAAACAACUGCAGCUGUAACCGAGGCUGAAACAACGUCAACCGCACCCACCACAACCGCCACCGAGGAGGACAACUCAGCGUCCAACGGAGGAGCGUCGGGCUCGAACGAAGGCUCCAACGCAUCGCCAGACUCUACCGAGGCUCCGUCGGCCGAAUCGGGCGCGGAAUCAAACGAGGCUAGCACCGUCCACCCGCAAGCACCCGGAUCGGGCGAGUUUGUGUGUCCGGCUGCCGGUCGCUUCGCCAAUCCGACCGACUGUCACAAAUACUACGUCUGCUUCUGGCUGCCCUUCGGACUGUACAGUCUCGAGCAGAACUGCUUGGCCGGGUACGCGUACAAUCCGUCGCUGGAACGCUGCACGGCCGACCAGAGCGUUUGCUUCCCCGGGGAGUUCACGUGCAUGGGCCCGGGUCGGUUCCCCGAUCCGGCCGAUCCGACCUCGUACUUCUGGUGCGUGUGGAACAUGUUCGGUGGCUACCUGCAGUACAAGAUGCAGUGCCCGAUGGGCCAGGUGUACAAUGCGUUCCGCGGACGGUGUGCCUUUGCGGUGGCGGGACGUUCGCUGCCGUUUGAUGAGCUGGACGACGAGCUAGCGGCGGCUGAAGUUGCCGAGGAGUCGCACCCAGCGGAAGUCGAAAGUGCGGUGGAGCCGGUGGAACCGGAGGUUGAGCCCGUCGCCCCGGUAGCCGAGGAGCAACCGAAGCUGAAGGUAAAGUUCCAGUGUCUGGAGGAGGGCACCUUUGCCGAUCCGAACAAUUGCGGUCGCUACUUCGUCUGCACGCUCAAGAAGCUGGACAAGUUCAAGAAGAGCAAGUUCAAGUGCGCUGUCGGCGAGCGGUUCGAUCCGCUGAUGGGCAUGUGCGUUCCCGACCUAGAUGCGUUGUGCGAGUAGUGCGCAAGCGGAUGGCAGCCCCAGUUAAACGCGCGGUGUAGUGGCAAUGGUUUCGUACACGAAUAAAGUAUUUAUCAAUUAAUU